AUGCAUGAUCACGUCUUCAGCAUGCAUGGCCCCAUCAUCCUGUCUGACAUGCUGCCUCUACUUGUUCUCAAGAAGAUCUUGGGUGUCCUGCAUCCUGACUAUCCGGAGGAUGAAAUGGAUUUAUAUAUAAACCUCAUGGUGCUGGAAUAUCUAGAACGGGCGCCUGAAGGACGUAACUUCGCAAAGAUAUCGCUGGGUCGCCACCCUCUUGAACUUUAUCAUGGAAGCCUCACCUACAAUAACGGCGCCCAUAGAGUUCACCCACCAGCGUACAAGUAUGAAAUGAUACCCUCAGCGUUAGAAAUCCACGAGGCUGGCAUCAAAUUCAAGAAGCGGGAGAGGGGCAACCUGCAGGACAUUCGCUUCGAGCACGGCGUGCUGAGUAUGCCAGUGAUUGAAGUGGUUGACAACACCGAGAGCUUGUACCUCAACCUGAUGGCGUUCGAGCGGCUGCAUUUCGGUGUCGGCUAUCUCGUAACGGCCUAUGUAAUCUUCAUAGACAACAUCAUCGUCUCGGCCAAGGACGUGGCGAUGCUGAGCUCCAAUGAGGUCCUCAAGAAUAUGCUAGGCUGCGACAAGGAGGCGGCAAAGCUGUUCAACGGUACUCUAUCAAGAGGGCAACUUCUGGGCCCAUGCCCUGGUCUCCAUAAUGUGCAGUACGAGGUGAAUGCCUACUGCAAGGAGUCCUGGCACAAGUGGCGGGCCACCCUAAUACGUACCUACUUCCGAAAUCCCUGGGCAUUCAUCUCCCUCGUAGCCGCUACCAUUCUACUGAUUGCCACCCUGUUGCAGACCACCUACACCGUCAUGCCCAACAAGCUUUGA